CUGUGUGCACCAGACUCAAGUCCAAGGCAGUCCCCCACACCAUUCCCCCACCCUGAGGUCACACCCUGAGGCUCAGAUACCCCAGGGCCAGGCUGGUGUUGCUCAGGCAGCCAGCUCUGCGCGCUGGGCAGCUUCAUCUGCCCGCCUAGGUGGCUCCACGGGGCGGGCCCCUUGGCCAGGGAGGGCGGGGCGCACAGGGAGACUUAAAGAGCGACCCAGGUCCCCACCCGGGCCUGACCGCGCAGCUCCCACCAUGGCGGAGACCAAGCUCCAGCUGUUUGUCAAGGCGAGUGAGGAUGGGGAGAGUGUGGGUCACUGCCCCUCCUGCCAGCGGCUCUUCAUGGUCCUGCUCCUCAAGGGUGUACCCUUCACCCUUACCACGGUGGACACGCGCAGGUCCCCGGACGUGCUGAAGGACUUCGCCCCCGGCUCGCAGCUGCCCAUCCUGCUUUAUGACAGCGAUGCCAAGACAGACACGCUGCAGAUCGAGGACUUUCUGGAGGAGACGCUGGGGCCGCCCGACUUCCCCAGCCUGGCGCCUCGUUACAGGGAGUCCAACACCGCUGGCAACGACGUUUUCCACAAGUUCUCCGCGUUCAUCAAGAACCCGGUGCCCGCGCAGGACGAAGGUGAAGCGGGCAUCCCCGCGGGGCUGCGUGGCGUCCGCCGCUACCUGGACAGCGCGCUGCAGGAGAAGGAGUUCAAAUACACGUGUCCGCACAGCGCCGAGAUCCUGGCGGCCUACCGGCCCGCCGUGCACCCCCGCUAGCGCCCCACCCGCGUCUGUCGCCCAAUAAAGGCAUCUUUGUCGG